UUCGGUUUGGCAAAGAGACUUCAACUUCCGGAAAGAAUUGUGUUUCUCAUCGGUAAAUAAUUCACCCUCCUCGUUUGAAGGCUACCUUGCCAGGAGGAAAUUCAAGUAUAUCAUCUGAAGCAGAAUACAUAGACUGUGAGUGGGUCAUCAGGCAGUCUCCCUAUGUCAGGCCGAAACGGGUCUGCCAGUGAUGCAGACUGCCGGAUCUCUGAGGACUGCCAAGUCCCAGAUGUUGAGCUGAUGGAGCUGGGGCCACUGCUGGAAGAGGGAGGGGCACGGCAGGCAGCAUCCAAAAGUGUCCAUCCUGAGGGCGCUGCAAUGCUUGCUGAUGAGGAAGAGGAGGAUGAUGAAGUGGGCGAAGUUCUGACCUUACCACUACAGGCUCACCACGCCAUGGAGAAGAUGGAGGAGUUUGUACACAAGGUUUGGGAGGGGCGCUGGAGAGUCAUCCCUUUCCACGUCCUGCCAGAGUGGCUGAAGGACAACGAUUACCUCCUGCAUGGACAUCGACCACCCAUGCCCUCCUUCCGGGCCUGUUUUGGAAGCAUCUUCAGAAUUCACACUGAAACCGGAAACAUCUGGACUCACCUGUUAGGGCUGAUCUUAUUCCUGUGUCUGGGCACGUUAACUAUGCUGCGGCCCAACAUGUAUUUUAUGGCCCCACUGCAAGAGAAGGUUGUGUUUGGGAUGUUCUUCCUGGGCGCGGUGCUCUGCCUCAGCUUCUCCUGGCUUUUUCAUACUGUCUACUGCCACUCUGAGAAAGUGUCUCGCACAUUCUCCAAGCUUGACUACUCGGGGAUCGCCCUCCUAAUCAUGGGCUCCUUCGUGCCCUGGCUGUACUACUCCUUCUAUUGUUCCCCUCAGCCUCGCCUUAUCUACCUCACCAUUGUAUGUAUCCUCGGCAUUGCCGCCAUCAUUGUCGCCCAGUGGGACCGAUUCUCUACACCUCGUCACAGACCUACAAGAGCAGGCGUCUUCAUGGGUCUCGGGCUAAGUGGCAUUGUUCCCACCAUGCACUUCACCAUUGAGGAGGGCUUUGUUAAGGCCACCACAGUCGGACAGAUGGGUUGGUUCUAUUUGAUGGGGGCCAUGUAUAUCACCGGCGCUGGUCUGUACGCAGCCAGGAUCCCCGAACGUUAUUUCCCCGGCAAAUGUGACAUUUGGUUCCAUUCUCAUCAGAUUUUUCACGUUCUGGUCGUGGCAGCAGCGUUCAUCCAUUUCUACGGCGUUUCCAACCUGCAGGAGUUCCGAUACGGCCUCGAGGGGGGAUGCACAGAUGACUCUCUACUCUGAGAGGCCUGACUGUGACUUAAACUUUUCUCUAUAGCCCCCCCCCCACACAAACAAACACACACACACACGCGCGCGCACACACAAACACACACACAAAAUGCUGCUGGAAUUCAAUAUAGUCACUUAUUCCUCCUUCCAUACUUCUGAUUUUCUAACAUCUUAUUUGGGUUUUUUGAUCUUUCUGCUUUGGCUCCUUUUUGCUUCAAUAAAGUAGCAUCAACUAGCCAAUGUACCAUGGUGGAAACAGGCACUAUCUGUUGAUAAAAUAAUUAUUAAGCUUAAAAUCAGCAUUUCUAAAUAAGAUACAAGUGGGAUUUUAGCCAAAAAUUAUGUAUUCCUGAAACUGCAGGUUACUAGUACCCCAGCCACUUUGUCAUCUGUCACCUUUGCACAAAGGGCACUUAUAAUGUGUGCUGCAGAAGAAGGCACAUACUGUAAACCAUUCCCUUCCCAUGUUCCUUAAAGGCUAGAAGGUGGAUGUACUGUCCACCAGGAGUCUGGUGUAGAACAGUCAAGGACAAUUAAGGUAGUUGGGAACAUCUAGUUUUCAGCAUGGUUGUCAGCUGUUUUGUUUUGUUUUGUUUUGUUUUGUUUGCUUGUUUGAUUUGGUGAGUGUACUGGCACAUUCAUUUAUCGGUCACAUAAGCCCACUCAGCAAUAAGCCACAGGUUAUAGACUGAAAGCCCGUUCAAGGCUGAACGCUUAUGUUCUUUUAUGGUUUUAGGGUGACUGUACCAUCUGUCCAGAGAAGGAAAGCAGCCUCUUGGCUACGUCCUGCUCUUUCACAGCUUGUCUAUUAAAGUGGAUACUCCCUGUUCAGCAAACAGAUAAAUCAUUUUUGAAUAAAGCAUAGUGCUUAGGCCCCAUAAAUAUGAGCUAAUCAGAUUCUCACAUGGUAGGAUUUUUCUCUUCUGCUUUUGUUGCAUCGUUUAAUUGAGAAAAUUCCCAAGCAGAUCAUUUUCAAAUCGUUUAACGGCACAGAAAAGCCCUAAGAGUUUGUAGCUGCUGUAUAAAAAUAUAUCUGCUUAGUUCAGGUUAAACUAAGAUGCUUGAAAUGUUGUGGUGACGAGAACUACUCGGUAAUUAUUUAUCAGUCACCCGGCACAUUAUGGAUUCAUUUCUAGAGUUAAUUCCUGGGCUACGCACAAUGUACAGAUAUGGAUCGGUUAAAUCGUGCUUUUUCUCAGCUCGAGAUUUUUUUUUUUUUUGCGCUAGAUCUCAGAUGGAGUGAGAGGUGUAAAUAUCAAAUACACCUUAGCGUACACUAUUAAAUUAAAAAACUUAGAAUCCAUAUGAGGUUUAAAAUGUGUUCUGUAUAAACUUUUAGUAUUCCUGUGCCUUAGGCCAAUGGAAAUGUUUUUAAAUAAAAUGGCCUCUCUUAAGAGUCAAGGGAGCAUCAAGGAUUUCCACAUGUUGACUUCUCUUAUUUUACUUUAUUUA